GUGCAGUCGUUGUGGACGCCGGUACGUCCCCCCUCCCUCCACCUCUCGUAGUCGGUACGCGGAGUAUAUUAGGCGGUUCAUAUCGCUUGGCCUCUGCUAUCAGUCGCCUCAGUCGCGGUUCGGCAGUGGUGCCCUAGAGAUGUGGUUUUACUACGGCGUGAUCGAUUUUCUUACGUGUUGCUGCGCGUAAACCUCCCCACCAACCAGCGAGAUCUCUGCUAAAGAACCGACUGUAAAGUUUGCGAUACUUACUAUUAACUCAUAGUGAAAUUUUGAGUGCGUGUGUGAUCAAACAACGAAAACGGGGUGAUACAUAUUGGAGUUGUGAUUAUAAUUCAAUUAGCGUUUGCGGAAAGUGGAGUAGUGGUUAUUUAAAAAUUGCGUUACUUUAGGCAUUCGGUAUCAACGAUCCCGCCUGCGUGUGUGUGAGUGCUUUUUUUAACUUCAAACCCGGAGGGUUAGAAAAUGAUAUUGAAUGUCAAUAAGAAAAAGCUUCUGCUGCUAUCCGUCCUAGCAGCGAUAGUGAUCGUCGCCCUUGCCGUCGGCCUCACCGUCGGGCUUCGCUCGCGUGACAGCUCAGACAAUCAGCAUGCCCGCCUUACCGGAGCCGCCGUCACCUCCAACGGCAUCGAGUGUGCCGGCAUCGGUGCAGACAUCCUGCGGCGCAACGGUUCGGCAGUGGAUGCCGCCAUCGCAACACUAUUCUGCGAAGGUGUAACCUGCCCCCAGAGCAUGGGUCUCGGCGGUGGCUUCCUGGCCACGAUCUACAUCCGCGACACCAACACGGCCGUGGCGUUGGACGCACGCGAAGUGGCACCGGCCGCCGCCACCAAGGACAUGUACGUGAACCAAUCGUCGGUACAGGGCGGACUGGCGGUCGCUGUGCCCGGUGAGGUGAAGGGCUACUGGGAGCUGCACCAGCGCUACGGACGGCUGGAGUGGAAGGAGCUGGUCGAACCGACGGUACGACUGUGCCGCGAAGGCCACCUGGUAACGGGCUACCUGGAGCGCAUCCUAAAAGGCCGCGAGCAGCGCAUCCGCAACAUACCAACGCUGCGCGAUGUGUUCAUCAACCCGGCCACCGAUCAAACUUGGCAGGAGGGCGAUCGGCUGAAGCGCCCAACGCUGGCCGACACGCUCGAGGUGAUUGCGCGCGAAGGCGCGGACGCACUGUACAGCCGCAACGGGACGCUGCUGCCGAUGCUGAUGCGCGAUCUCAAACUGUUCGGCAGCAUCAUCACCGAGGACGACUUUUACAACUACGAACCACGGUGGGUUGCUCCGUCACGAACCAGUAUUAGAAAGUCUAGUCACGUGUACUCGUUCCCGCUGCCCGGCAGCGGUCCCGUACUGAACUACAUGCUUAACAUCCUGGACAACUACGACGAGCUGCGACCGGACGACCCACUGUCCUGGCACCGGAUCGUGGAAAGCUUCAAGCACGGCUACGGCAUGCGCACGCGCCUCGGCGACCCGGCCUUCGUGCCCGGCAUCGAGGACAAUCUGGACAAGCUGGCGAGCAAAACGUACGCCCGCUACAUCUCGGAAACGAUCCAGAACGAUCGGACGCACGCCGAGUACGCACACUACGGCGCGGAGUUUUCCAACGAGCGCGACCAGGGCACGGCCCACGUGUCCGUCCUUGCGCCGAACGGUGAUGCCGUCGCGGUCACCAGCACCAUCAACAGUGUCAUCAUGAAGCGCAGAACCAUUCUCUCGCUGCUGAUCGCAGCGAUCAUACUCACAAUCCUGAUCGUCGUGUUUGUGCUAGCCACGCAGGGCAACAUAACACUCCCCCCUCCACCGGGUGAACCUAUCGCCCAUCAUCACCGUACCGGUGCGGUCGUCGCAAACGGUGCCGAGUGUGCCGCGAUCGGGGCCCAAAUCCUGCGCCAGAAUGGUACCGCCGCCGACGCUGCCAUCGCAACGCUGUUCUGCGAAGGCGUGACCUGCCCGCAAAGUAUGGGCCUGGGCGGUGGCUUUCUGCUGACCAUCUACGACCGCCAGAACGGUACGGUGGAAACGCUAAAUGCACGCGAAUCGGCACCGGCCGCUGCGGAGCGCAGUAUGUUGCGCGUAGCGAAGGAACGCGGCCAGGAUACGCGUGGCCUUACCGUCGCCGUGCCGGGCGAGUUGAAAGGAUACUGGGAGCUACAUCAACGGUACGGACGGCUGGAGUGGGCAGCACUGGUACAGCCAACGAUCGAGCUGUGCGAACGGGGCCACCUGGUGACGCCCUAUCUGAGCCGGAUACUGGCGCGCGUUGAGCGACAACUGUACGCAGAACCCUCGAUGCGGGAAGUGUUUAUCAAUCCGGCAACGAACCGCACGUGGCAGGAAGGGGACACAAUCAAGCGACUGCAGCUGGCAAAAACGUUGCGCAUCGUAGCGGCGGAAGGAGUAGACAGUUUGUACAGCGCAAACGGGACGCUGCUGCGCAUGGUCCUGAAGGAUCUGAAAUCGUUUGGCAGUAUUAUAGAGGAGGAGGACUUUUUAAGCUACAGACCACGCUGGGAGGCACCGGACACGGUAACGCUGGCUGCCGGCGAACGCGUCCACUCGAUCGUCGUGCCGGGCAGCGGGACGGUGCAGAACUUUAUGCUGCGCGUGCUGGACGGGUACGCGAACAUGAGCGCGACCGAUCCGCUCAGCUGGCAUCGCAUCGUCGAGAGCAUGAAGUUUGCGUACGGGCUGCGUACGCGCAUCGGCGAUCCGGCCUUCACGCCGGAAGCGGUGGCGGUCAUACGCAACCUAACCGAUCCCCAGUUUGCGGCGUACGUGCGCGAGCAGCUGAUCAGUGACGAGCGUACGCAUGACGACUUUGCGUACUAUGGGGCGGAGUUUGCCGACGUGGAGGACAAGGGAACGGCCCACAUCUGUGUGCUGGCGCCGAACGGUGAUGCCGUGUCGGCCACAAGCACCAUUAACUAUCUACUUGGCGCUAAAAUACGCUCCCAGUCGACCGGCAUCAUACUGAACGAUGAAAUGGACGACUUUUCCACACCGGGCACGGUCAACACGUACGGGCUGCCGGCAUCGCCCGCCAACUUUAUUGCGCCGCGCAAAAUCCCACUCUCCUCCAUGACACCCUCGAUCGUGACCGAUCGGAACGGUGCGGUCCGGAUGGUGCUGGGUGGUGCGGGUGGUUCGCGCAUUACCAGCGCAACGGCCGUCAUGAUCUAUCGGCAUCUGGUGUUUGGUGAUGAUCUCGCCACGAUCAUGAACGAGAAGCGACUGCACCAUCAGCUGGCCCCGAUGUGGGUCGACUAUGAGGCUGGCUUUCCGCAGACCGUGCUGGAUGGGCUGGUAGCGAAAGGGCACCGGGUGAAGGAGAAAACGCCGGACGCUGGGUUUGCGGCGGCGACCGGCAUUGUGCAGGAUGCAGCGGAACAUCUGGUGCAGGCGGCUUACGAUCCACGGCGCGGUGGCAGUGUGGAGAUUGUGAAAAUGUAAGGUGCGCACAGUUGAGGCGCAUACGCGGGGUAAACGUAAGGGGAACGGUUUUGGGUGGGAGUUGGUUUAAAUGUAAUCUUUAUAAUUGAAGUAUUUACCGACAAAUAAAAUGGCACACAAACAAGUGUUUGAGGACAUUAAAA